UCAAUAUUCAGUGGAAGUACUUGAGUACUUUUCAUGAUAAUGUUUUAAUGUAAAAUUGCAAAACUCAUGCAGGGUUAUAUUGAUUGCCAUUGUCAUAUCUCUGCGAGAGACUUUGAUAAUGACAUUGACGACAUUAUCGAAAGCUCUAAACAGGUGGGUAUUGUUGCACUCCUGGCAGUUGCUGAGCAUGUGGGGGAAUUUGAGAAAAUCAUACAGCUUUCACAAAGGUUUUCUGGUUUUAUAAUGCCUUGCCUUGGAGUUCAUCCUGUUCAGGGCACAGACACAGCACAUCAGGAGAGAGGAGCCUUUCCUGAGGAUUUAGAUGCUGCAUUGCCCCUUAUAGAAAAAUACAAAGAAGACAUUGUGGCUAUUGGUGAGGUGGGCCUUGACUUUACACCUCGGAUUGUCAGUAGUGAUACAGGGAAGGAGAGCCAGAGGCAAGUGCUCAUUCGCCAGGCAGAGCUAGCAAAACACCUAAACCUGCCGCUGAACGUUCACUCAAGGUCAGCUGGAAGACCAACUAUUCAUCUGUUGAAAGAGCUAGGGGUAGAAAAAGCUCUUCUUCAUGCUUUUGAUGGAAAGCCCUCAGUUGCAAUGGAGGGUGUGAAGGCUGGUUAUUUCUUUUCUAUACCACCGUCAAUCGUAAGAAGUGAGCAGGUAAUUGUUAUACUCCACGUGUCUCAGAAACUUGUGAAACAGCUGCCGCUGGAGAACAUGUGUUUGGAGACUGAUUCACCAGCCCUUGGACCAGAGAAGCAGGUGAGGAAUGAGCCAAAGAACAUCAUCAUCAGUGCUGAGUAUAUUGCCAAAGUUAAAGGAAUUCCCUUGCAAAGAGUAAUGGAAGUCACAACACAGAACGCUCUUCGGCUCUUCCCCAAGUUAAAAACCCUUAUUAGAGUGUGAUUGCACCGUGUUUUUUAUUUGUUCUCUCAAUUUUCUGUAAAUAGAUUAAGA